UAUUGUUUGUCGACAUGUUUCCGAAUAAGCUCCGAGGAAAUGCAAACAUUUUGUGAAGGAUCCGAUAUAAUGUCGAAGGAAGUGGAAAGUUUGGCUGCUCCAGAAACGGAAAGUGGCUUCAAGAGAUAGAAAAUUAGAAAAAGCAACAACACGGAAAUAAAAGAAAUUAAACUGUAGUAAUGAAAGCUGAAUAGAACCUAAAAAUAUAUUACUUGGUGGAAAUUUGUAUUGUCGACGAACCAUCACAAUACUCAUGGUCCUCGAGGUGUGUCUUAGUGUACGGUGUGCCUCUACUAUAUAGAAGGAUAUGAUGUUCCGAUGUUCGGCGUAAGCUGGAACGCCUAUUCAUUUCUGACAAUUUAUUGUUGGAGGCCCGUUUCUAAAUUUGAUGGAUAGGACAGAAAUACAAGGUCUUUGUGAAUCAUUAAGAGUCAUUGUAAAAAAUCGUGAGAUCGAUAACUUUGACCGUGCAGCUCAAAUUCUACUGCAGUUGAAUGAAGCUUUUCCUGAUUUGAUUUUCUUUGAAUACAUCGGAAAUAUGCUCAUUGACAUACUCGUUACAAAAGUGUACAUGAAGCUUGAACAUUUUGUUAAAAACAAUUCUUACUUUGAUGAUAAGGAAAUUAUUGAAUUACUAUGUAUUCCUUGUGAUACAAAUGACAUUAGGAAUGUUAAAGACAGGAACUGGCUCAUAAAAAAGUAUGAUGAGAUUGCAAAAAAGUUGCUUCUGCUUUUUGGUGGUGAUACUAGGAAUUUUGUGAUGUCAUGUGUCAACUUGAAAGAAUGUAGCUAUUUUUGGGAAAGUCUCCGUGCCAAAUGUGAUUUUUAUGUUGAAAAGGUGAAGAAGAAGGUGCUACCAAACCCCAAGGAACAGUUAAAAAGCGUAAAUAAUGUAGAAGUGAUAGAUAAAUCAAAAUUUGCAAAGCAUAGCCAUUUGUAUGCAGCUUGCAAAAACCAGGUCAUGACGUCCAAUGAUAAAAGACCAAAUGACAUUCAAAUCAGUAAAGUGAUUGAGAUCAUAGAAAUAGACAGCCCUCACAAGGAAGCCUCUUUGAAGAAGCAAACUAUAGAAAAGAAGGCCACAAAUAAGGAAAUAUUAGCAAACGCUAAAAUUAUGGACGUGUUGCAAGAAAAGGAAAUAAAAAAUAACCCAAAGAAACAGUUAGAACGCAUAAAAAAUGUAGAAGUGACGAUAUUGACUCCGGACAAAUCAACAGUUGCGAAGCAUGGCUCUUUGUAUCCUGCUUGCAAGGAUCGUUUGCACAACCAGGUCAUGACGUCAAAUGAUAUAAUAUUUAAUGACAUUCAAAUAAGUAAAGUAAUUAAGAAUAUAAAGAUAGACAGCCCUAAUGAGAAAGAAACAAGUUUAGAGAAACCAGCUACAGAACAAAAGGCCAGGAAUAACGAAAUGUUGGCAAGCAAUAAAAUUAUGCAAGUGUUGGAAGAAAAGGAAGAGAAAAAAGAAUCAGAUACCUCUUCAGAUACAGAAGGACGCGAAUCUCCGAGUAUUUUUGCUUUUCCAUUUAUUAAUACAUGUGGGAAUGAAAAUCUCGAGAUGAAAAAGGGAACUUCUAAACAGUACCUUGCCAAACGUUCAGGGUCACUCUUUCCCAUUAUUACUGAUUUAACUUACAGGAAACCCAUGGGUCAGCGUGAUCAUUUCGCUGACUUUCCACUUUUGGGAAAUGUUCCCAUCAAAGAUCCUUCUGGCUACAGGUUUCCCCCUGCCCUGCAUAAUAAUGAAAAUAAAGAAGAGGCUAUUGUUUGCGAGGUAUCGCGUCACAAAGAUGAUGAAGCAUACGAUAAAGACGAUUUAUGUCAUAGUGAUGAUAUUUCCCAUGCCAAUUCUGACGUUAACGACGCUAAAACUACAACAGAUAUGCUGAGACAAGAGUACCUUGAUGUUUGUGCUUUAGCAAGUAAUAAUGAGAAAGGGGACUGUGAAGAUCAAGUUUGCGUCUUGCAAGAAGCCAAAACUAUUUCGCAUGAUGAAGAGUAUGUUGCUGAAACACAACCCUCAAAGGAUAAUGAGUUUUCUUGCCUAACAAACGCAACUGUUACGAAAUUUCCAAUUAUUCACGAUAAUUCUCGAAAAGAAAAACUACUGGAUCAUUUGCCUAAUAAAGAUAAAGAAUGUAAUUCUCAUCAUGUACCUUGCAUCAAAAAAGCUAUCACAGGUUCACAUGAUCAGGAGUAUAUUGCUGAAACUAAGCCAUUAGAAAAUUUUAAUUUGCCAGUUGUCACCAACUUUCAAAUUAAGGAUAACGCCCGAGAAGAACAACCAAGACCUCUUUUGCCUAAUAAACAUAAUAAUGUUAAUUCUAAUGGUGUGGAUUGUGUCCAAAAAGCUACAUCAAGCUUGCAUGAUCAGGAGUAUGUUGCUGAAACUCCACCUUUACAAGAUGAUUAUUUCUCAUCUCUACCAAAUUCAGUUGUCACCAAGCCUUCAAUUAUCCACGAUAAAUGCAGAAAAGAACAACCAACAGCUCGUUUGCCUAAUAAAGAUAUUGGAGGGUUCAAUGAUGAAUUCUGGGUAAAAAAGACUAGCACAAGUUUGUAUGAUGAUGAGUGUGUUCCUGAAACUCAACUCUUAGAAGGUGAUGAUUUGCCUUCUUUGCCCAAUUCAACCGUUCCCAAAUUUCCAAGUAUCCACGAGAAUUGUGUAAAAGGACAAUCAAGAGCUCAUUUUUCUAAAAAAGACAUUGGAGAGUUCAACGAUGAAGCCUGGAUAAAAAAAGUCAGCGCAAGUUUGCCCAAUCAGGAAUAUGUUGCUGAAACACAAUGUUCUGAAGAAAAUGAUUUGACUUCCUUGUCUGAUUCAACUGUCACCAAAUUUCCAACAAUCCACGACAACUCUAGAAAAGAAUAUCAAAAAGCUUUUUUGUCUGAUAAAGAUAAAGAAGGGAAUUCCGAUUAUGUGAAAAAAGUUACUGCAAGUUUUUAUGAUGAUGAGUGUGUUCCUGAAACUGAACUCUUAGAAGAUGAUAAUUUUCCUUCUUUGCCUAAUUCAACUGUUCCCAAAUUUCCAAUUAUCAACGAUGAAUAUGGAAAGAAGCAGCCAAGAGCUCAUUUACCUUAUAAAGAUGUAGACAUGUUCAACAAUGAAGCCUGGGUAAAAAAAGCUGGCACAAGUUUGCCCAAUGAGGAAUAUGUUGCUGAAACACAAUGUUAUGAAGAAAAUGAUUCGACUUCCCUGUCUGAUUUUGCUCUCACCAAAUUUCCAACAAUCCACGAUAACUCUAGAAAAGAAUAUCAAAAAGCAUUUUUGCCUGAUAAAGAUAGAGAAAGGAAUUCUGGUUAUGUGAAAAAAGCUACUGCAAGUUUUUAUGAUGAAGAGUGUGUUUCUGAAACUCAACUCUUACAAGAUGAUGAUUUGCCUUCUUUGCCCAAUUCAACUGUUCUCAAAUCUUCAAUUAUCUCCGAUGAAUGUGAAAAGGGGCAGCCAAGAGCUCAUUUGCCUAACAAAGACGUAGACGUGUUCAUCACGUCUACAUUAAGUUUGUCCGAUCAGGAAUAUGUUGCUGAAACACAAUGCUCAGAAGAAAAUGAUUCGGUUUCCUUGUCUAAUUCAGCUGUCACAGAACUUCCAACAAUCAACGACAAAUCUAGAAAAGAAUAUCAAAAAGCUUCUUUGUCUGAUAAAGAUAAAGAAGGAAAUUCUGGCAAUGGAGCUUUUGUGAAAAAAGCUACCUCAAGUUUGUAUGUUGAAGAAUGUAUUGCUGAAACUCAACUCUUGAAAGAGGACGAUGAUGAUUUGCCUUCUUUGUGCAAUUCAAUUAUCACCCAAUUACCAACAAUCGAUGACAAUUGUAGAAAAGAACACCCAAAAGCUCCCUUACCUAACAAAGAUACAGAAGGGAAUUCUGGCGAUCUCGUUUGUGACAAGCAAGCUAUCCCAAGCUCUCAUGAUCAGGAGCAUGUUGCUGAAACCCAAACCUCAGAAGAUAAUGAUUUGCCUUCUUUGACCAAUUCAGCAGUUAGUAAAUUUCGAAUUAUUCACGAUAAUUAUGGAAAAGAACAAUUAAAAGCUCAUUUGCCAGAUGAAAAAAGAGACUCUAAAGAUGCUCCUUGUGUCGUAAAAAAUUCUGCAAAUUUGGAUUAUCAGGAGUAUGUUGUGGAAACUGCAGUUGCUCCAAAUUUCCCAAUAAUUUUGGAGAACUCUAGGAGUGAUACAAUUAGUGCUUGCUCUUUUUCAGACAAGUGUAGAGUAUCAAAAAUUGACGAAGAGCAAAAUGCUCUUGUCAUUAAUGUUCCUGAAGGUGAUAAGGUUGAAGAAGGAAAAAGCUUGAAGUCAUCUUCUCGCGCUGAGAAUUCUUGUAGGAACGAUCAGGGAAUCAAAUUAAACUGUUCUGAGGUAGAGAUAAAUUUCAAUUCGUCUGACACAGAAAGGAGCAACGAAACAUUCAGUCGAAGCCAAGUUAUUAACUUUUUGAUUGAUUGUAUGGAAAACAGUAAUGAUGAGAAUAAUAGCUUUCAUAUUGACCAGAAGUUCUCCUACGGAAGAGCGUCAACAGAGAGAGAACCGCGAAAAGAUUUUGCGGUUGGAGGUAAUGACAAAUUAAAAAAAAAUAAAAUGGACGUUGAGAAUUUAGUCAAAGACAAAACUUCCGUGAAAAAGAAAGAUGUGGACGAGCGAAUUAGAAGCGCUAGUGCAUGUUUUUUGAAAAAUAACAACACUAAUGUGAUAGAAACCAUGACUGAGGCCAUAUCAGAAGAUGUGAAAACAUCUGUUGAAUUGUGUUCACGUGAUGUGAAUCGUACAAGUAUGAAACUUGAUAGUAAUGGACAAAAUGCAUCAAGUGAUGCGUUUACUGCAGGUGAUAAAAAAACACUACUAAAUCAAAACAAACUUACUAAUGAAAAGGGCACGUCAACGCGGUCGCUACCUAUAAAUGCUUAUUUCGACCAGGUGCAACCUGGAAAUAUUGCAAGCCUUAAACCAGUAACAACUCAUUUGAAAAAAAGUGAUAACUCUUCAAUCGGUUUUAAUGAAAUUGAUAAAAAUCGCUUACAUCACAAGAGUUUCGAAGAAAUUAACAGUAACUUGAAACAUGCUUUUGAGACAAUCUCACGCGAUGUGGAAAAAACGGAGCCGCGAAGUACAUCACUGCACUUAUUAAUUAAUUGCGAUGAAGAUUCGGUUUGUGUUAUGAAUGAAAUCCCCUUGUUUGACAAAUGCACCAAUAAGCUUAGUUAUUUAAAAAAGCAUGGCUGCAAUGGCGUAAAUCUAAGUGAAAAGUUUUUGCUUGAUAAACCUGAUGGUCCUUUUCAUUGGUUGCCAAAAGUUCAAAAUACAGAGAAAAAAGUUUUUAUGAAUGCUGCUCAUAUUGGCUGCAGAAAAGAGAACCCUAUUAGUUUUGCAAAGGAGGCUCGGGGCUACCUACGAAAUGUUAAUUCACAUGCAAUUCGUGGAAAACAGUCUCUGCUUGCCGAAAAUCUGAGAAACAACGCAAUGAAUCGAGUUGUAGCAAAUUAUUCUUCGUCUGUGAAAUCUGACCACUUAUAUACGUGUGAUAAAGUUAUACGACAGAUUGAUUUCAACAUGUAUCAUUCAGAAAAUACUUCGUACAAAACUUUGGAGAGAAACCUGAAAAAGCCGAGUGAUAAAAAGAAUAUCUUAAAACCUAAAAUACUUACCAAAGAUGGAUAUUAUGAUGAGAAGUUGCCACCUAAUAAAUGGAACUGUACGGUUGGUUGUUCUUCACAAGCAAAGUCAGAGGAACCUCGUUGUGAUUCAAAAAAAGUUGGACAACUUUCUCAAUCAAAUAGAGAUCUCAUAUAUUCAAAAUCUACGAGUAUGUUAAAUGGAUUUCAGAUGAAAUCGUCAUUGGAUAAAUCAUUUGGUGAAGGAUCGAUAUUGUCAAAUUUAGCCAGUCGCGGUUCUCCAACUUCUUUCCACGGAAAACAGUUCAAAGCACUACGUAAUGAGAAUAAAUUUGAUAAAAAUUGUUCUAGCAGUGAAAAAAAGUCGAUGGUUUUUUGUAAAGGAAAUAUUGUGAAUUCUAAUGAGGGUUCGUAUCAUACAAAAGUGGAAAGAAAGCACGAAUUUCAAAAUGAUGGGACUCCCGAAAAAAAGAUCUGUUUGCAGUCGAGAUAUAAAAAUGUUAAAAUUAAAAGUGAAAGUUCAAACUCAGUUAAUUAUAAGAAGUUUGGGACCGAGAAAGCAAGUUCAUCGUUAUCGGAAAGUUCAAGCAAAAAGAAUGCAUUGCCAAGCCUUUUAAAAGUAAAAAAUGAGAGUGAAUCCAAGAAGGCUACCCAAGGGCAGUUAGCAGAACCAUGUCGUUCGAAGAUUGAAGGGUUUCAUAAACAAAACUCCGGUGAACAAAGAUACCAGGUUUGGAAGCGCCAAUAUUUCCACGGUAGUUUGUUUACAUCGAGCCAUAAAACGCUUGAAAGCAACAAAAAAUCAUUGUCAAACAAUAAUUUGCAGACAAUGGAACAAAGUUUUUCCGGAGAAAAUGAGAGAACGAAUUUGAGCAGCUCAUUGUAUUCAAAACGUCCACUCUUCACCUUAGUAAAGGGCUAUGAUACACAUGUAAAACGUCGCAAAAUAUUAAAGAAUGCAACUAGUUAUGAAUGUAAGCGCUCACGGUCGCAAGCUCCUAAGAAUUUGUUACGGAGCAAAAGAAGUAAAGCCGAGCUGAAAAAAUUGUGUAAUUUACAAGCUGUUGUACGUAUUGUUAAACUGUGAGGUAUCUUUUUUUAUGAAACAUGACGGCUGAUUUCAGAUUUUUUUGGAAAAUAUGGCAUUUAAGCUGACUGUUAAAACUGGUCUUUUAGCUUAAACAUGGUGAAUUUUGUUUUAAAACAACGAAUUCGAGUGUUAACAACAAAACCGUCGAAUACAGAGAGCUUCGCAGCCUAUUGGCAAGAUGGUGUGAGUGAGUUAAAGUUUGAUGGGGAGUCGUCAAUUUUGUCAACUUUUAAUCUAUUCACGUACGUUACACUUGGUUUAGCAACUAAACAUGCGAAAUUCUUAACUUUAUAGAUUAAAUAGAACUUUAUUGCAAAAACUGAUUCUUAGCCCUGUUAAAAUAGAUUGAUGACUAUUUGCCUUUAUUGCUUUUAUAAGUUCACUAGCUAACCAGUUUGAAGAAUUUCUUCAUUGAUAUAUUAGCUACUAUACCAGAUUUUGUGGUAAAACAUUUCAAGAGAUUGCAAAAUAAUUUUUGUAGGCUGCUUUCAAUUAUUGUCGGUGUCAUUGCUAAAUAUUUGUGUUCGACCGCUGAUAAAACAAUGAAUAUUGUGUUUUGAGAUUGUCUGACUGGUCACAUUCUCACGUGAAA